AUGAACGCGGGGAUGAGGCAUCGAACCACUCCGGCUGGCAUCAAGGAUCUCCCAUUGGCCCUUGUGGGAUGUGAAAUAUGCAAGCCCAACGGCGUCGUCACAUCGCCAGGAAGGAGACGGAAGCCUGUCCCUCGAAUCACAUCCACCGUCCCGAAGCUUGGCAGCAACUUAAUGUUAACCAACCUCUUUGUUUUUCUUCCUAUUGAUCGAAAUUGUUUCUGGGCUGGCUCGCCUCCACGAACUGAUCCCUCAACCAACUCAAUAAACACACUCACUGGACCCAUGAUAGAUUAUAACGAUGGGUGGAAAAAAGAGGGUCCCUAA